AUGUCUCCACAAAAAGAUAUUUUAACCACAUUAUGGUACCUAGGGACUCUCGACAGCAUUGACAGGAUAGCAGACCGUUUUGGCAUUUCGCCAUCCUCGGUAAUCAGGGCUAGAGACCGAGUUAUGAAUUCAAUUCUAACUCAUCUCAAGUCAAAAUUUAUAAAAUGGCCCAAUCCCAAUGAAUUAAAUCAAAUCGCAAACAAUUUCCAGCAAAAGAACGGAUUUCCAGGGAUUGCUGGUGCAUUAGAUGGGACUCAUAUUAGAAUAGCAAAACCAACAAACCAUGGAGAUUCAUACAUCAAUAGGAAGGGAUUUCCUUCCUUGCAGUUACAAGCGGUAUGCAAGGAAGACAUGAUGUUUACUCAUGUAUUUACCGGAUUUCCAGGAAGCUGUCACGACGCAAGAGUUCUUAGGAAUUCCGAUUUAUGGGAAAAUGGAUUACAAAUGAUUCCAAAUAUAUACCAUAUCAUAGCUGACGCAGCCUAUCCACUAAGAAUAUGGCUACUCACUCCCUACCGAGACAAUGGUCACCUGACACACGAGCAACGCCGCUAUAACAACUACCUGUCCAGCAACAGAAUGGUAAUUGAGAGAGCAUUUGCUCUUCUGAAGGGUAGAUUCCGCCGAUUGCGUUUCCUGGAAACCCAGAAAAUUGAGUAUGCUGUCAAAAUUAUCAUGACCUCUUGUGUUUUACAUAAUGUCUGCAUUUUCAACCAUGAUGAAGUCGACGAUUUCAUUCAGCAAGAUGUUAUUGCAGCAAAUUAUAAUGUUCCAGGAAUCCAGGACUGUGAAGCCCAGGGUGUACAGAAACGUAAUCAAAUAGCCAGGAAUCUUUUGUGA